ACAGAGGCUCGUUUUUCUCCGGAAGGUGACCCACUUCGAAACUCAUCCUUUGAUGGGAUAUUGGGACUUGGGAGUCUUCAAAUUUCUACGACAGAAACUACUCCUGUCUGGGAUUCGAUGAUGCAACAAGACAAGAUUGAAAAGAAAAUUUUCUCCAUAUGGUAUGGGAGGUCUAAUGACGCUGGAGCAGGAGGAGAGAUAAUGUUCGGAGGCACAAACCCAGCUCAUUAUACGGGAGAGCACGUUUAUGUCACCGUGGACGAGGUCGGACACUUCUUCCAAAUGAACAACAUAUUCGUCGGAACCAUAGACACUUAUAAAUGCUCUACAGGCUGCCAUGUGUUUGUUGACUCUGGAACUACGAACAUUCUUGGUCCACCGGAUAUGAUCAAGGACAUUAAUAGGAGAAUCGAUGCAGCACCAAAUUGCUCAAAUUAUGAGAACCUGCCUGAUGUAACCUUUACAAUAGAAGGAAGGAGUUACUCAGUCAGUCCACUUGAUUAUAUACGUAAGGUUACAAAAAAUGUCUGCACAAGUAGAUUCAAGGGAUACAAGAAUAAUUUCUGGAUACUUGGGAUGCCAUUCAUACGAGCCUUUCAUACGGUGUAUGACUACGAGAAACUACCAAUUGUGAGAAUUGGCUUUGCUAAGUCGGUUUAGAUUCUUACUAGAACUAAGGGUGUAUGAAUGUUUCUGAUAUGUACUGAUUAAUCAAUAUAUUUUCACCAUCAAAGUAUAA